CAAGUAGGCAGAGAGGCAGGCAGAGAGAGAGAGAGAAGGAAGCAGGCUCCCUGCUGAGCAGAGAGCCCGAUGCGGGACUCGAUCCCAGGACCCUGAGAUCAUGACCUGAGCCGAAGGCAGCGGCUUACCCCACUGAGCCACCCAGGCGCCCCCGAAUGCCACUUCUGAAGCCGUGGUUGGAUCGAGGCAUACACCACGGCUCGGGAAACAGCAGAUGUAGUGGCUACAAUACUCAUUGAGCACAUCAUGCCGAGGUUUGGAUUGUCCCGGACCCUCCAGUCAGACAACGGACCCGCCUUCAUCUCCAGUGUAGCCCAACAGGUUGCUGAGAGCCUCAACAUAACCUGGAAACUUCACAUCCCGUACCACCCACAGUCAUCGGCCUUUACUUAUAUGCCUGCAACCUGCUACCGGGGAAAGGAACCGACAACCUGUAUAGUUACUUCCAAGAUCAAAGAACUCAGGGAUCGGAUCCAAGCACGGCGGCGAGACACAUCCUCCUGGGGCCUGGAUCCCUACAACUGGGUAACCUGGCUGCUCCCUCUGGCAGGACCUGUAUGCAUAAUACAAGAACUUGCCCGAGUAUCCGUCAAUCAACUCCUCCUCCAGCCCUGCUCUCGCCUGCCCACUUCCGACUACCCCUAUGACGCCACCCCCUGUCAGCAGGAAGUAGCCAGAACCGAGUUGAGGCCCCUGACACCAUUAUAUUAAGCAAAAGGUCGGAAUGUUGGACUGGCAGGAAGGGCUACUAAAGAUAGUGAAAGUUCCCACCACAAAACCUGAGCUGGGACGGGAGAACAAAGGCCCAAGCAGGAAUCUGAGACCCCCGCCCCGGCUCUGUGGACCAAUGGGAUCCCGAUGAGCAGGCAGGAUAUCCAAAUAAGGGAAACUUGCCAAAAGACCCCUGAGCUUUCCCCAAGACCCCUUAAAAGCCCCCUCCUCCCUGCCUUGGGCGCGGCUUCCCCCACUCUGCUUUCCAGAGUUGGGGAACCUCGCCCGAGGGUGCCCACCUCCUCCCGGUGCAACUUUCUCGGCUCCCCUUCACCUGGGCCCUGAAACUUCACUGGAGAGAACCUUUAAUAAACCUUGCCUUACACCCA